AUGGUUUCUCACGUUUCACUUAUCGUUGCUGUAAUUACUGUAAAAAACAAUUCUCAUGCUUGUAUAGUCUCGCUAAGUAUAAAAUCAUCUCAGAUGAUUAAGUUUAAAUAUUUCUUCUCUGCAAACCAAUCACCUCAGUUGUUUACAACUGGUGAUGUUGUAUUUCUCUCAGGUAAAUACAUUGUAGAAAAUUCCAAACCAUGUUUCACUAUUGCAUACUUGAGUAUUAUUGAAAAUGAAAAUCAAAACUGUGAAUUUAAUGCAACCACUCUCCCCGUUUGCGUUCCUCAUUGUAUAUACUUGGUGAUUGUUAAUCGCGAAGCAAAGAAAGUUAAUGACUUUAUUAAUUUUGGUGCUGAGACCAUCAAAUAUAAUUCUGUUACCACUACACUCUACUUAUUUUAUAUCGGUCUUUUUAAAUUUUCUAAGUCUGGAAACAUAAUGAUUGAAGCUACUAACAUUGAUUAUCUAAGAACUUCAACUAUCAGUAUUACCGCAUCUGAAAUCACUUCAUCAAUAACUAACAAACCAUUAAUCAUUGAUAUUAUCGAUGAUGAUAUUGAAUCUAUUAUUAUGCAACCAAAACAACUUGCUAAAUCUUCUUUACCCCCAUCAAAAAAUAUUAAUGUUAAUACUUUGAAUACUCACUAUAUUGAUUGGCUGCCCAAUGGUGAUGUUCAAGAUCAAAAGGUUGUAGAAUUAGAUGAUGACAUAGAUUUACAAGACGAAACUGAUGAUCUUCAAGAAAUUCAGCCUAGAAAAAGAAGAAAAUCUACUGGUACCUAG